AAAGGUCUGAAUGCGUCACGUGACGCGCAGGAUGCGCAGCACUUUAUCGUCCGGACGGAAAACGAAAGAAAAUGUCUGAGAAGGAAAGCUUUGAUGUUCUGGAACUGGCAGAGAAAGUCAAGGAUCAGAACAAAAGGUGGUGGAACAAAAUGUUUGGGAAAAACAGCUCCGGACCUGCGGCUGAGAAAUACUCUGUGGCCACUCAGCUGGCUAUUGGAGGAGUGAGCGGCUGGUGUGCAGGAUACCUGUUUCAGAAAGUUGGGAAAGUUGCUGCAUCGGCUGUUGGCGGAGGUUUCUUUCUUCUCCAGAUCGCACAUCACACGGGCUACAUUAAAGUAGACUGGAAAAGAGUCGAGCACGACGUGAACAAGGCCAAGAAGCAACUGAAGCUGAACUCAGACAAGCCCCCGAAAGAAGUCACUACUAAAUUUAACGAGGUGCAGCUGUUCGUCAAGAACAACAUUGUCCUGACAGGAGGUUUCGCAGGAGGGUUUCUGCUCGGUUUGGCCUCAUAGGAGCCUUUAUCAUCAUGUCUUUAAGCUCGAGGAUGUCAUCUAACACUUUAUACAGCAGCUUGCAUUUAACUCAGCACUGCUUUACCAGUUUGACUUCUCAUUAAUAUGCGUAGGCAUGUUGCGAUGUGUCCGUAAUGAAACAUUUAUAUAUUGAAGAAUGUAUAGUUCAGUGGUUUGAUGUGCAUUAUUUAAAGCCCCUGUAACAUUGAAUAUUAUUUUUGCUGUAUUUUGUUGGUACAUGACUUGAAUUCAGACAUGUAAAUAUUUGCAGGCCUUUAAAAAAAAAAAACUACAUGCAAACUUGCAGAAUUAUAUCAUCAAGCUCAAAUAUUCACAUGCAUUAUUUUUGUAAUAAAUCUGGAUAUUAUUUCCAAAAUCAAGGGUUUAAAAAGUUGUGAAUCAGGAUUUAAGCAACUGUGAUUGUGCUCUUGAUAUUUUAUAUAUCAUCUAUUUUUCUAAAUUGCAGCUUAUGCUUUGCACGUUGUGAUAUUUGACUUUCUUUUUUGUCAUAUUAUGUGAUCUGAUUAUCAAUUGUAUUAUUACAAACCCCCGCUGUAUUUUCCGACUUGAGGAAAUCUGAACGUGUCUAAGUGAUGUUCAUUGUUACGUCAAUAAAAUAAUUAAACUUUAAA